AUGUCAUUCACCGGCGUCUCCUUCAUCCUUCCCGUGUGUGUUCUGCUUGGGGCCUUUUAUGCUGUUGGUACAAGCGAGAAGGCAGGAUACACAAGGAUCUUUACAGGAGGAGUGUUGACGGGAGGCUCAGUGUGUGGCAUGCAUUACGUUGGUCAGUUAGGCAUUACCAACUACAAAUGCAGCUACUCUGCCGGAAAUGUCGCCGGCUCUGCUGUGAUUGCAGUAUGUGCUAGCAUCGCAGCGCUCAGUAUCUUCUUUCGGUGGAGAGCUUCGUGGACUAAUCGUUGGUGGAGGCGCAUGAUCUGCGGCUGUCUACUGGCUCUGGCUGUGUCCGGCAUGCACUGGACUGCUGCAGUCGGAACAACCUAUAAAGAGCAUGACCCAACUGCAAGCCGAGGUGGCCAGUUAUCAAGGACUCAGACAGUCAUCAUAUGCUCAGUCCUGGCCUGUGUCGCCUGUGGCAUCCUGUCGGCAUGUGCUAUAACUGCCAGUGGUGACCAUAGACGUCUGAGAAUGCAAGCGCAACAGCUGGUGCUGGCCUCUGUUUUCUUUGACCUGGAAGGUCGAGUUAUGGUCACACCACAUGCUCUUCUUCCCACCCGAAAGAUAGUCGACCGUUAUAUCGGCAAGACCUUCAGCGAUGACGACCUCACUAGAACUCAUCCUGCUUUUCUAUGGGCCUUCCGGGCAAGUCGGAAUUGGAGUCUAAUAAAAGAGGUUGUCCCUUAUAUGAGGGACAGGAUAGAAGUAGAGGAUGAGGCGCACAAGCGGUAUAUUGCGAAGGGUAUAGAUCCGGAUCAAGAAGCCGAAGCCAAUGCAGGGUUCGACGAAAUGUUCAAGCGCCACUUUUGCGUGGCAGCGUAUGAUCUUGCUGACCAAGUUCGACAACCGCUGGAUGAUUUGGGUAUGCUGUAUGACGAUGUUUUGACCACUUCUACCACCUCAUCACGUUUUUCGCGCGCUAUGGCAUACUCCAAGCUACGUACUGGAAAGGGCCAGUUGUUGUUCACAGUGCGCCAGCUGAGAAAGCAAGAAGCCUCUCGGCUCGCAGCUUCAGGUUUUAGGUUUGCUACAAUCGAUAACGUCUCUUCUCUCCUCUCCAGACGUUUGAAUGUCGUAUCAGGAGCACUAGAAGUGCACCUCAAGGAUAUGCGCGACUUUGCUGCGUCUGGGCGGAAUUAUGAGCCUGGCGUUCAUCUAGUCUCUUUUAUUACCCGCCCUACGGUCCAUGAUCGGUUUGAGGUAUUGACCGCUAAAGGAAUGGGAAAUCCGCUACCGUCAGUCACGCUGAAAGCGAAGCGCCUAUCAGCGUCUCAUUUGGAACUGAUCUCGCAUCUGGAGGGGUGGUUAGUCGCGACCUGUAUUGACUGGCUGAGCUCCGACAAGGCACGAAGCUACAAAGGUGCCGACGAGUUUCGUCGAGACCUUAGCCGAGCAAUGGCGGGCCUCGCUAUGUCGCUUCCACCAGACCUCAAUUCCGCAUCUCGCUUCUUCCCACGACCUUUGAUGGCACCGUGCCGCAGCACAAGAAUCUCCGACAACAAAACAUGCAUGCUCCUGGCAUUCUGCACAGUGGGAUCCCUCAGCACCCGCGUCACUAACCCAGACUACGCCUUUAUGCCCCUUCGCCUUUUCCGCAUCCAGCAACAGGUCAACAGCGGCGCUACUGACGUCGACGGCCUCGCGCGCGAACUUAGCAAAGGAAUUCUCUACUCAACUAUCCGCUCUAAUUCCACAACAGACUCCGAAUUGGCCCCUUCAGCCCGCCGCAUUUUCAACCUCAACCUUUGGUCAUCGCACAGACGAGCACGUGAUCGCAGCACAAGAACCCUACCGUCCCAGGAGAUUCUCACGGACAGCAUGCCAUUAGGCGAUAUCAUAGUCCAGAAAGAAGUCAAAGUAGAUGUGGCGAGGAUAGCGGAUCCUGCCACUGAGGCAGCCUUGGGAAAACAUACUUCUGUCACAGUUGUAGAGGCUGGUGACUCGACUGCACAGACUUAUGUUGAUGAACUAUAUAAUCUCUGCUAUGCGCCCGGGCUGCGUCUGCGCCCUAGUCCAGGCUUUUGA